AUGGAGAAACGUAAAUUUCAAUCUGGGGCUUCGAAACGUUCAGCCAAAAGAAGAAAUGAUUUGAUUGCUUGUGAAACUAUUGAUUCUAAUCAGCAAUCUACUUCUAAUAUAAAUGUUCAAGACACUAGUCCUUAUAAAGAUUAUGAAGAUAACUCUGAAAACCAAAUUAAUGCUGAUGUACAAGCUGAUGUACAAGCUGAUGGGCCUUAUAUUAAUGAAGUAGAUAAAUCAGAAAACCAAAUUAAUACUGAUGUACAAGCUGAUAGUCUUUAUAUUGAUGAAGAAGAUAAAUCAGAAAACCAAAUUAAUACUCAUGUACAAGCUGAUGGGUCUUAUAUUGAUGAAGAAAAUAAAUCAGAAAAAUUCGAAAAAAUUAAUUUAUACGUUAAAAUGAAUUUUACUGAAUUACUUUCAAUUGUUUCAAACAGUGAUACUGGAAUUAGCUUUUUACAACAACAUAAUAUAGUUAAAGUUAGUGAAGUGUGUGAAAAUGGCCAUAUAAUGUUUAUCAAGGGAUCGCGAUGGCGUUGUCAAAAAAGAAGUUGCCGAAAGGAAAAAGGAUUACGAAUUAAUAAUUGGCUAACUGGUUCUAGACUACCAAUACACACAAUAGUCCAUUUCAUAUACUACUGGGCCCGAGAAAUGUCUUCAGUAACAUUUUGUAAACGUGAACUAAAUAUGGGACAAAAUGCUGUGGUUGAUUGGAAAAACCAAAUUAAUACUGAAGUACAAGCUGAUGGUCCUUAUAUUGAUGAAGAAAAUAAAUCAGUUCCAAACACUGCAUUAUCUCCUGAAGCCAUAGAAGAAAUUACAUUAUUUGUACCGCCUAAUAUUAAUGCGAGUGCUAGUGAUAAGUUGUGUUUCCUAAGAUACCAUCCAAUUCAACCUUCUGGAGAUCUUCAUAAUUUACCAUUUAAAACAUGUCGUUUAUAUUAUCGAAUAAUGUCAAAUCAAACUAUGGUUCAAAGAAAAUGGCUUUCCUAUUCACUUCAUCUCAAUAAAAUUUACUGUGUUACCUGUUUGUGCUACACUGAUAGAACCAGUCCGUUUACUCAGGGUAUAACACCAUCGACAAAACAUGUAUAUAAUCAAGUUGAAUUACAUGAAAAAAGCAGUACUCAUGGAAUGGCACUCAUGUCGUUUUUAUUACAGAGUAAAAAUCAAUGUACUAAGUCUUUAUUAACAAAAAAACAUAGUGAAGAUGUAUUACAAAGACGGCUAGUGUUACGAAGAAUAAUAGAUAUUAUUAAAUUUAUUGGAACUCAGGGUCUGGCAUUCAGAGGAAAACAUGAAGCAGCAUUUUCGCUUGACAAUAAUAAUACUAAUCAUGGAAAUUUUCUUGCACUAGUUUUACUACUUGCAAAAUAUGAUCCUGUACUUGAUCGCCAUGUUAAUACAUCGAUAGAAGCAAGUAAAAAAAGAAAAGAAACUCAUCAUAAUACUAAAGGGCGUGGUAACUUAGUAACUUUUUUAUCUAAAACAACAAUUAAUAAACUUAUUAAUAUUUGUGGAAAUCAAAUUCAAUUGGCAAUCGCUUCUCAAGUAAAAGAAGCAUGGAAGUUUAGUUUGGAAGUAGACUCGUGCCAAGAUGUAGGAGUUAUGGAUCAAGUUGCAAUUUGUGUUAGAUAUGUACGAAAUGGCAUUGUACAUGAAAGAUUAUUAUGUAUGACUCCUAUCCGUAAUACUGCUGGAAGACAAUAUUUUGAAUUGGUCAAAACUAUUUUGAAUAAUUUAGGAUUAGAUAUUAGAAAUAUAAUCAGUUCAGCUUUUGACGGUGCUAGUAAUAUGUCUGGAAGAUAUAACGGACUACAAGCAGCGUUAAAAGAAGUGUCGCCUUCAAUGAUUUAUACACAUUGUUAUGCUUAUUCACUUAAUUUGGUUAUGAUUGGCUCAUGUUCAAGUUGCUUAGAAGCCCGCUUAUUUUUCGGACUAUUAGAAAAGGUUGCAGUAUUUAUUGGAAAUUCUUAUAAACGUACAUCAAAGUGGAUUGAAAAUUUGGAACAAUUGGUUGAAGGACGUGAGACACUGAGAAGAUUACAAAAAAUUGGAAUUACUAGAUGGUGGGCCAAAGACAAGGCGCUUGAAACUAUAUUUGAUGUAAACAGGUAUGUUGUGCUUUUAAAAACACUUUAUAGUAUAGCGUACAGUGAUCAAUUUGAAUCCAAAGUUAGUUUUGAAGCUCAAUCUAUUUUGCAAAUAUUCUUAAAAUUUGACACAAUUCUUGUAGCUUUUGUUUUUAAAACAUUAUUUAAGUACACUACACCUGUCAGUAAAUAUCUUCAAACUGUGUCAUUGGACUAUCUAACAGCACAUCAAUUAUUAAAGAGUUUAGAAAAACAAUUAUCUAAUAUGGCAAAAGAUUCAAUAUCAACAUUUGAUAAUAUUUUGAAAGCUGCAUUAUCAUUUGCAAGUUCUGUUAAUGAUAUUUUAACUAAAAAUGAAAUUGAAUUAGAAAUUGAGACAAUACUAUCACAUAAACGAUCACGGAAAGUUAAAAGAAUGUUUGAUGAAACUGCAACAGAUGAGUCAGUAAGUGCUUUUGAAAAUGAUAAACACAAGUUUCGCGUGAGUGUUUAUCAAGUUGUAAUUGAUACUGCAUCUAGACAAAUCAGUGUAAGGUUUGGUGAUUCAAAUACAAUUAUGCAAGAUGCUUCAUACUUGGAUCCUAAAAAUUUUAAAAGAAUAAAUGAAGAUCCGAGUGUGAUCCCACAAGGAGCCUUACAGUCUUUAGCAAAAAUGAGUAGUGUUGAACGAGAUGGUUUAGUUGAUCAAUUAAUAUCUUUUGCAUCCAUUUAUCAUAAUAUUUCAAAUAAUACAGAGUAUCAAUCAAAUGUCUUUGAUUCAGAAAAUGAUGAAGAAGAAACUCUAACAUGUUCUAUUGAUCAAAACUGUCAAAAGUGUAUUCCAUGUGCUAUUAAAUUAUUGAAAGAUUUUAAUUUACAUAGUAGCGCAUACUCAGAUUUAUAUAUUGCAUAUGAAACUUUAUUAACAAUUUCUUUUACCCAAGUCUCAUGUGAACGUUCUUUCUCUAAGCUUAAAAUUAUCAAAACUCGUCUCAGAUCACUUAUUGGUCAAGACUUGUUGGAAUCCUUAAUUUUAAUAAAUUCUGAGGCAGAUAUUAUUUCCGAAUGGAACUAUGAUGACAUUAUUGAUAAGCUUGCUAGUACAUCUAAUGAAAUGAAGCGAUUGUUAUUUUAG